AUGAUUUUAAAAGCCAUGAUUGAUCCUAUGAUUUGGUUGAAGAUGCUCAUCGUAUUCCAAGUCGUUGUCGGCUCUGCAUAUUUUUAUUUACGGAUGAGAAAACCUAAAAAACCUGAGGAUAGAUUAACUAAAAAAAAGUUAUUGGAAUGGAAACCUUUACCAUUAGUAGACCCCAAUGUGGAAGUAGACAAGCCACCUUUAAUGGGGAAAAUAGAUGAUAAAGUUCUUAAUGUAGGUGCUACAAGUUUUUUGUGCUUUGAUAAGGAGCCUACAAUAACGGAAAAAGCUAUUACAUCUCUUCAUAAAUAUGGAGUUGGUUCAUGUGGACCAAGAGGUUUCUAUGGCACUAUUGAUGUUCACUUAGAGUUGGAAGAGAGAUUAGCAAAAUUCUUACAAGUUGAGGAAACUUGUGUCUAUUCAUAUGGAUUUUCAACAGUUGCAAGUGCUAUACCAGCCUAUGCCAAGAAAAAUGAUAUUAUAUUCGCGGAUGAAAGAGUUUGGUUUGCAAUCCAGAAAGGGAUUGAUGCGGCUCGAAGUACUGUGAGAUACUUCAAACACAACGACAUGAGUGAUCUUGAGCGUUUACUUGAACAAGCGUUACAAAAGAAAGAAUUAAAUCCCAAGAGAAGGGCGUUCUUGAUUGCUGAAGCUAUAUAUUUCAAUACUGGAAAAAUGUGCCCUUUGAGAAAGCUUGUUGAAUUGGCAAGGAGAUAUAAAUUGAGAAUUAUGUUAGACGAAAGUUUGACUAUUGGAGUAAUCGGUAAGCAUGGCCGUGGUAUAACAGAACAUCUAAACGUGCCUCGAGACGAAAUCGACCUGAUUGUGGGCUCUCUAGAACAUUCCUUCGCAACUAUUGGUGGAUUUUGCGCGGGAACACAUUUCAUUGUGGAACAUCAAAGAUUAUCUGGAUUAGGGUACUGCUUCAGCGCCUCGUUGCCUCCCAUGUUGACACAAGCCGCCAUCACCGCACUUGAUAUAUUAGAGGCAAAGCCCUCCCUUAUUAGCGAAUUGGAUAAAAUCUCUAGGAAAUUGAACAUAGCUCUAGCCAACCUAAAGCAUUACACAUUCAGUGGUGACGAACUGUCACCUGUCAAACACAUAUACGUCAAAAACUCAGAUUUAACCAACAGUCAAAAACAAACAUAUCUCAAAAACAUCACAAAAUAUAUCUUAGAAAAAGGCAUUGCUAUGACAGUAGCAGCGUAUGUGAGAGAUGCAGAAGUCAACUGUCCAGAGCCAUCUAUCAGAUUGGCCUCAAGUAUAAAAUUGAGUGAUGAAAUUAUAUAUCAAAUAUGUUCUUUAUUGGACGAGGCAUAUGAGAAAGUUGAUCCUCAAACUGAUUUGAAAGCUUUA